CUGCUGCUAUAAAUGGUAAAUGAAUCGACGACAUUGCUUCAUUAGUUUGAGCAUCAGUCCCUGGUUUUGAGUCGUUAGGCAGGGUGGAAUUGUUCUGGAAACACCUUCACCGAACCAGUUUAAGACUUCUUGUCGCUUAAAAAAAGAGUUGAGGCCAAUUUUUUUUUAAGGUAAUCGAGCGAAGCGCAACUUGUGAGAAGUUGCUACGAAAUCGUUUUAUUGACUCUGAAAAUCCAAACGUUGGAAUUCAAAAAAGACGUAUGGAAAAUCCUAUCUGCGGUUCCAUGGAAGGGAAAUCCGACCAGUGUUGUUCAUCCCGAUCAUCAGCAUCGACUACCGUCGUCUGUGAGAAAGAUCAAGUCCAUUUCGACUACGGUCACUUCGAUAGUCAUCUCAACGACAAACUCAUACGAAACAACAUGAUGAACAAACACAGGUGGCUAUUACCAUACUGUACAAUAGCAGCUGUCUUUAUCUCACUGGGAGCAUUACUCGGAAUGAUCGCUGUUUACGUGGAGCUAUGUCGGGCAAACUCUAUCUUAAUGACAAACAGGGAACUGAUCCACGCUCAAGAAAUGCAGGUGUUAAACCACACACAUGCAAUGGACCAGCUUAGAAACACAAUGGAGAGUCCCGGCAGCAGAUCUGAAGGGGCGCCAAGGACCGCUGCUGUUGUCGCCGAGGAUGCUUCCGCUAUGCUGGCAACAGGAACUGUUUACCAUCACUGGGGUAAGGCGAGUUGCCCUGCUACGUCCAGCCUUAUUUAUUCUGGUUUUGCAGCAUCGGGCAGCAGCUUGUCAGUGAAUAAAGGAAGUGGUAGCAACAUCUUGUGCAUGGUGAGCGAUCCGGAGUACGGUACAUCUGUACCUGAUCAACAGGAUGCUAGGGGAAAGAUCUACAGUAUCGAGUACAGAAACGCUAAUAACUUUGGCUCUCAAUCUGAUCUUCAUGGCCAUGAUGUACCCUGUGCAGCUUGUAUGACUGGAGGAGGUCGUCAAGCAGUUCUUAUGCUUCCUGGUAGGAUCACAUGCCCUGAAAACUGGACCAGAGAAUACAGAGGGAUCCUAAUGUCAAGCAGAAACAACAACGUGCGAACCUCUUACACCUGUGUGGACUUGGCAGCGGAGUCCCGGCCAGGCACCAUGAACGAAGAUGGCAAUAGCUCUCUGUUAUAUCCAGUUGAAGGAGUGUGUGGGACAGGAGGGGGUAUACCUUGUGGUCCCUACAUUGAUGGCCAUGAACUGCAGUGUGCUGUGUGCUCCAAGUAAUUCAAAGAGACUUCAAAGUAGCCCUGCAGUCAAAGCUACUUCAGCAACUGUAUGAAAACCACCUGCUAACAGUGAUCACCAAGGCUGCAGUCUGACCAGUUUAGAACUACCAACUACUGAGGCUACCAAAGGGUAAUAACAAACUUAUGUUGCACACAGGUGGCAAUUGAAGUUCCACACCAAGCACUUUGUUGUUGAGGGAUAAGGCAUACAUGGACUCCUUUAUUCAUUUAGAACAAGUUUCAAUGUAUUUGUGAGCUAUUAGUAGUGGUUCUUGUGAUGUGGUAUUAAGUUCUCUGGAGGAUAGGUAUGUAAAAAGU